AUGACCUGGACUGGUAUCAGACGUCGUAACGUUAGUUUGCUGGGCCUAUGCGCGCCGUUGCUCCUCUACGGACGUUUGUAUCUUCUCUAUUCAAUGAAGAAGCUUGACCUUUCAUCGUUCUUGAUCUUCGUCGUGGGAUCUAUCCUGACUGCAGCUUCUCUGGUCUCUGCCGUCUUUAUCCUGGGGAGGACUUUGACUGGCGUGGGAACUGCUGGGAUUAAUGCUGGUGUUAACAUCAUUAUGGCCCACUCCACUCCCUUGGAGAGAAGACCAGUAUACUUCGCCAUAUGUGGCGGCGUGGAAUGCGCCGCCCUCGCCUUCGGCCCAUUAAUCGCCGGAAGUAUCGCCGACUACACAACAUGGAGAGUCUGCUUCUACAUCGUCAUUCCACUCGCAGUCGUCGACAUCCUCAUUAUACUUUUCGGUACUCCCAACUCCGCGGACCUGAACAUUCUAAUCUUGACCAGAAAGAGAAGAUAG